UCCAGCUACAGCCUACAGCCUACAGCUGGGUUGUUUGCUCUUGUUCUGUCAGGCUCUGUUUUCUUUUUCUGUUCUGUUUUCUCUUACUAACUUACAUGAGUUGAGUUUUGAGAAGAUCAUCCACUGAAGAUAAGUGAAGCUAACAAAAUUAUUGUGGUAUUUGCUUUUUAUAAAAUUUUGAUUAAAGAAAUCUUAAUCUAAAUAAUAUUUUUAUCAUGGAAAACACUCCUAAAUCAGAAUCUUUUGAUUCAAAUGUUGAAAACAUGGAAGACGAGGGAAACACAGUUACAAUGUUGGAUGUUCUUGAAGAACAGCAAAAAUGGGAAACUCAAGCCUAUGCAGUUUUGGGUGCAUCUGAUGAUAAAAACUGUUCUUAUAAUAAGGGAUACGUCAAACGGCAAGCUUUGUUUUCUUGUAAGACUUGCAUUGAAAACGAAGAUAAACCUGCUUGCAUUUGCCUUGCUUGCAGUUAUCAUUGCCAUGAGGGACAUGAUCUGAUUGAACUGUAUACAAAAAGGAACUUCAGAUGUGAUUGUGGCAACAGCCUUUUCAAAGGAAAGAAAUGCAGCUUGGAACCAAAUAAAGAACUGAACGAGCUGAACAGCUACAACCACAACUUUCGUGGCCUCUACUGCGCCUGCGAAAGGCCCUAUCCUGACUUGGAGGAAUCAGUUCCAGAUGAAAUGUUGCAGUGUAUCAUCUGCGAAGAUUGGUUUCACUCUAGGGUAAGUAAUUUGAUCUGUCAUUGAGCCUUACACCAAUAG